GCACGGCCCGGCCCGGCCGCGGAGGAGCCGGGCUGCGGGCAGGGCCGGGUCCGGGCGCCGCCCCGGCGCUGGCGGGCGAGGUGCCGUCAGGGAGGGGCGCGAUGCACUUGUUGAAGCUGGACCGUCGCUGGAAUGUGAAGCACGCCGGGCACCCUCACCGGGAUCCGGUGCCAUGGGCGCCUUGUCCUCUGCCUCUCCCGCUUCCCCCGUCCGCUGGGCGCGGGAAGCCCGCGGGGAGGGAAGGAAGGAAGGAAGGGCAGGCGGCGCAGGGCGGGAGCCCGGCGGCCUGAGCGGCUGGAGGUGCCCGGGAAGGGGAGCGGCGGGGCCGGACGCGCCGGCCGUGGGUUCGUAUCGGGGUGUCAGACACUCCUUCAGCCAGAAGGAAACGGGUUAAAUGUUCCACCAAGUGAGAAGAGUGAUGACCAUCCUUUUCCUUACUAUGGUUAUCUCAUACUUCAGUUGCAUGAAAGCUGCCCCGAUGAAAGAAGCUAGUCUAAGAGGACAAGGCAGCUUGGCUUACCCAGGUCUUCGGACCCACGGGACUCUUGAGAGCCUAAAUGGGCCCAGUGCUGGUUCGAGAGGACUGACAUCGCUGGCAGACACUUUUGAACAUGUCAUAGAGGAGCUUCUAGAUGAGGACCAGGACAUCCAGCCCAGUGAGGAGAACAAGGAUGCAGACUUGUACACAUCCCGAGUCAUGCUAAGCAGUCAAGUGCCUUUGGAACCCCCACUGCUCUUUCUGCUUGAGGAGUACAAAAACUACUUGGAUGCUGCAAACAUGUCCAUGAGGGUCCGGCGCCACUCUGACCCAGCUCGCCGUGGGGAACUGAGUGUGUGUGACAGCACGAGUGAGUGGGUGACAGCAGCAGAGAAAAAGACUGCAGUGGACAUGUCCGGGGCCACCGUCACAGUCCUGGAAAAAGUCCCAGUACCCAAAGGCCAACUGAAGCAAUACUUCUAUGAGACCAAAUGCAACCCUAAGGGGUACACAAAGGAGGGCUGCAGGGGCAUAGACAAGAGGCACUGGAACUCCCAGUGCCGAACUACCCAGUCUUACGUGAGAGCUCUCACCAUGGAUAAUAAAAAGAGAGUUGGCUGGCGCUUCAUAAGGAUAGACACUUCUUGUGUAUGUACAUUAACCAUUAAAAGGGGAAGAUAGUGGGUUCGUGUUGUAUAGAUUAUAUUGAGACAAAAUUAUCUAUUUGUAUAUAUACAUAACAGGGUAAAUUAUUCGGUAAAAAAUAAUUUUAUGGACUGCAUGUAUGAUGGAAGUUUAUACAGUACAGUGGUUACACAAUCUAUUUAUUGAACAUAUCCAUGACCUGAAGGGGAACAAAAAGUCAUUUGCGCACAAGUUAAAAAAAAGGAAAAAAAAAAACAACCAAAAAAAAAAAAAAAGACAAAAAAAAAAAAAGCACCCAAAAAAAAAACCAACCAAAAAAAAAAAGAAAAUCAAGCAAAAGAAAAAGUCUGCAUUACAUUCCUCGAUAACAUUGUGGUUUGUCGCCGUUGCCAAGAAUUGAAAAUAUAAAAAUUAAAAAAAAAAAUAAAAUUGCAUGCUGCUUCAAUUGUGAAUUAAUGAUAAACUGUCCUCUUUCAGAAAAAUAAAUUGAACCAAAACAUUCUGUUUACAUUUUAGACAGUAAGUAUCUUUAUUCCUGUUAGUAUAUAUGUUUACUGCUUCUAACUUCUGAUAGCGUUGGAAUUAAAACAAUGUCAAGGUGCUGUUGUCAUAGUUUUACUGUUUCUCUUUUACUUUUGAACUCCCAUCAGAUUUAAAAAGGAAAAAAAAAAAAUCAUUACCUUAUUCUGGAUUAAAAACAAAUUUGUUUUUUGUAUGUUGUGAAGGUGUUUGCAAUAGCAAUCCAACUACUGACAAAAAAUAAUAAAAAGAGGCAACUGAAAAAGAAUGGUGAUGUUCCACUUCACAUUGUUGAACUUCAGGCUUAAAGACAGCACUUAUUUAAUUGUAUGGUAACACGCUUUCUUGGUGGGGUUUUUUUGUUGUUUGUUUGUUUGUUUUUUUGUUGUUUUUUGUUCUUUUUUUUUAAUUUGCAGUCUUUUGAGACCUGCAUUUGCUUAUACUAUGUUUGUUUGUGUUUGGUAUUUUUUCUUUCCCCUUUCCUCCCUCUGGAGGGACACUGGUUGUGAUCUUUAAAGUAUUUCAGUUACCAUAGGACUGGAGCUUAUCAUAUAGAGAAUAUUCUAUAGAGUGUUGAGAGCAAUGAUUUUCAUGUAAUAAAAGACUGUGCUUGGAUCAAAUGUCUUGGUGAAGCACUAGAAAAAGAGUCUAGGAAUAUGAUGGUGGAUCUGAAAUCAAGUUGGUUAUGGGACUUAAUAGCUCAGCCAGUUUGGGGACAAAUAACAGUGAUUUGGGUUGAGUGAGGCCGUCCCACUUGCAGUCACUGCUGGUCCUGUGCAUUCCGUGAGAGAGCGAGAGCUUGGCCCUGUACAUGGAUGCCCUCACCCUCCAUCCACAGCAUGCCAGCAGCCCAGGCCUGUAAAGCUGGUGGGCAAACUCUGGUGGUAUCUCUGCCUGUAGGAGCCCAGGGAACGAGCUGGGGAAUGAGGCAGGAAGGAGCCCUGCCUCUGGCAGAAAGCAAUUACCUUUGAGUUUGUGUGGCUCAGCCUCUGCCGUCAGCAUUAGUUUGUGAAACAAAUACUGUCGUUAAAAAAAUAUUCUCGAAGUAAGUGAAGGGCAAGUGCUGGAGGAGUUGGAUUAACUUGCUUAGGUUCUGAGAGACAUGUUUAGCUCUACGGUCCCCCUCUCACUAUCCUGACAGAAGUAUUGCUGAGAAGGUUGUGAGGCUGAGAGCUGUGCUGAGCUCUUGCACUGACUACUGUGGGCUGAGAGCAGAAAUAGCUCCUUAGUGAGCUCACUGAAGGCUGAUGCUGUAUUUGUAAUUCCUGUAGAUGAAGAAAAAUAGCUGAACAAAGAGGAAUGUGCUGCAAAAUAUAUCUCUGCUCCUGAAUGCUGCAGAAUCUGCAUUAAUUAAAACCUGGACCAGGCAAAGUUUACUGAAAUAUGAUUGCCCCCCCCAUAUGCUCUUUGAAGAGCAUAUUUAGCACUGAAUUUAUGUCAUUACUGGUAGAAACCCACGCUGGAAGCUAACAGGCACCUUCAAAUCAGUAAUUUUUUUUUCUACUGGGGGUAGAAGGGCAGCCUCUUCCUGAGGGUAACUCUGUCAAAGUGCUGCCUUUUGCAUUGGUCAUGUGCCUGCUGGACUGUGAGUCAGAAGAGAGGGUUGUGUGACCCACUUGAACGUCAGACUUCAGCCUUCCCCAUCCAUUGCUGAUACUCAGGUUCCCACACAGAAAUCAGAAAUGGAAAAAAAAAAAAAACAAACACAAACCAAACUUAUUGAAAUGUCUCAAAACUUCAACUCAGGUGUUCUUUGUGCAAAUUAAAUCGUAGAAUCAAAGAAUGUUUUGAGUUGGAAAGGACCUUAAAGAUCGUCUAGAUCAUAGGCAGGUACACCUUCCACUAGACCCUUUCAUUCCCCUGUGGCCAGUACCUGUGUGUGUAUUAUAAUUUGCAUUUAGUGAACCCAGAGUGGCUCAGGAGCUGCUUAAAACUGCAGCACAGAAGUAUAAUGGUGGCUCCUCUCAAAACAAGGGUGGGUUGAUUAUAGGGAGGACAGGAUGAUGCUGGUGUGUGAGUAACAAUCAGAUCACUCAUCUAGAUUGGAAAUAAAAAGAUAGCUAGGAUGUGACAGUAAUCUAAUUCAGAUACAGGAAUAAAAUAAUUCCCAAUUUAGAUAAACUGGAUUUCCAAAAGAGAAGUGUUAAUGCAUCAAUCAUGCUAGAAAUAAAGUUCCUCGUUUCCCAAAGUUAAUUAUGGCUGUAUCCUACGCUCAGAAAUCCUCACCUGGCACAGUGAGGGUGGUGCUGGUGUGGCAGAACUAGGGCAGUGGGAUGGUGAGUACAGAGGGGUAAAGGACAGCCCAUGUAGGUGGGGGGGACUAAAGGAUGGAGCUGGGAACCUCGAGAACUGUGUCCUGUAACUACAUCCAGAGUGAUAUUCCCCGUAACAUGCCAAUGCUGUACCUAUUGACAUCAGGUGAAGAUGGCAAUGAAGCUGCAGUCCCAUGGCUCUGUCCUGCCUGACCUGACCCAUCCGUGAUCACAGGCUGAGCAGUUUUAGUUAAAACAGAGACGGAGAGGGGAGGGGUUGGUUUUCUUUCAUAUUACUUAAUUAAACUCUUGCUGUGGUCUGUACGUGACAAAAGUAUAUCAUGCAUGUCAGCAGGCCUAGUGCUGUGUUAAAGACUCUUGCAACUGUAAGUUAAUGUCUGUGGCCUUGUUCUCUAUUAUUCAUUUUGUGUAACAUAAAUAUUUAUUGUAUAUUUAUAUAAUUUUAUGGUUUUUUGGGAAAAUACUGAAAUUGGCAUUAAAAUUUAAAAGCAA